UUCCUUAAUGCUGGCAAGCAUGUCCUUGUGGAAUACCCCAUGGCGCUGUCUUGGACAGCAGCUCAGGACCUGUGGGAGCUAGCUGAACAGAAAGGGAAAGUCUUGCAUGAGGAACAUAUUGAGCUCUUGAUGGAGGAGUUUGCGUUCCUGAAAAAAGAAGUGGUGGGGAAAGACCUGCUGAAAGGGUCUCUUCUCUUCACAGCUGGCCCAUUGGAAGAAGAGCGGUUUGGUUUCCCUGCUUUCAGUGGCAUUUCUCGCCUGACCUGGCUCGUCUCUCUCUUCGGGGAACUUUCUCUUGUGUCUGCCACUUUGGAAGAGCGAAAGGAAGAUCAGUACCUGAAAAUGACUGUGUGCUUGGAGACAGAGAACAAACGCCCACUGACAUGGAUUGAGGAGAAAGGGCCUGGUCUAAAACGAAACCGGCAUUUAAGCUUCCAUUUCAAAUCUGGGUCCCUGGAGAAUGUGCCAAAUGUAGGAGAUAAUAGGAAUAUUUUUCUGAAAGAUCAGACUAUAUUUGUCCAGAAACUCUUGGGCCAGAUUUCUGAAGUGGAACUGGCUGCUGAAAAGAAACGCAUCCUGCACUGCUUGUGGCUCGCGGAAGAAAUCCAGAAAUGCUGUGGCUAAAAGAGAAAAAGAAAGCAGCGGGCUCUUGCGACGUGAAACCAUAGUUUGAUGUUUAUCGAGAGUUGAUUUUACCUCUAUUCUUGCAAUUAAACACGUCUUGGGGAAACAGA